AUGACUGCGAACGUAAAAGGGGCAGCUGAUUCAUCGCAUCUUAUAGCCUGUGACAGUGAUGCCAUUAAAGUGUUUGUGCGAGUGCGUCCUCUGACCCAGGGCAUGGGGCUCACCACAGACGGAGACCAGAGCCUGUGUCUCAGUGUUACUUCACCAAACACUAUUCGGCUUUUCUCCAAACCACAGCCACGGAUUUUCACUUAUGAUCAUGUGGCAGAUAUGGACACCACUCAGGAGGCUGUCUUUUCCUGUGUGGCCAAGAACAUUGUUGAGUCCUGCAUGAAUGGAUAUAACGGCACUAUAUUUGCUUAUGGACAAACUGGCUCUGGAAAGACUUUCACAAUGCUUGGUCCAUCAGAGUUGGAUAACUUCACUGAUCAGUUGAGGGGAGUAAUACCGCGCAGUUUUGAAUAUCUGUUUUUUCUCAUUAACCGGGAAGUGGAAAGGUCGCAACAGUCCAAGAGUUUCCUCUGCAAAUGCUCGUUUAUAGAAAUAUACAAUGAACAGAUCUAUGAUCUCCUGGACACUGCCUCCGCGAGCCUCUUCGUCAGAGAGAAUAUCAAGAAGGACGUGUUUGUUGAGGGAGCCGUGGAGAAAUUUGUCGUCUCGGCUGCAGAGGCCUACCAGGUCUUGUCUUUGGGAUGGCGGAACCGCAGAGUAGCCUCCACUUCCAUGAACCGCGAGUCGUCCCGGUCCCAUGCCGUCUUCACCAUGACGCUGGAGUCCAAAGAGUCGCUGAACGAGGUGGUGAACAUCCGCACGUCUCAGCUGAACCUGGUGGACCUGGCUGGAUCCGAGCGGCAGAAGGACACUGAAGGCUCCAGGCUCAAGGAGGCCAGCUGCAUCAACCGCUCCCUGAUGUGCCUGGGUCAGGUGAUCAUGGCUCUGGUCGACGUGACUCAUGGAAAGAGUCGCCAUAUUUGCUACAGAGAUUCCAAGCUCACAUUUUUAUUAAGAGACUCUCUUGGUGGAAAUGCCAAAACGUACAUUAUAGCAAAUGUUCAUCCCGGUUCCAAGUGUUUUGGAGAAACCCAGUCCACUUUACAGUUUGCCCAAAGAGCAAAGUUGAUCAAGAACAAAGCCAUCAUUAAUGAAGACACUCAAGGAAAUGUAAGACAGUUGCAAGCUGAAGUGAAAAAGUUAAAGGAGCAGCUUGCAAUGGCACUAGCCUCAGCUGAGAAAAAGGGUGAAUCUCUGGACAGGAUCCACUACAAAUCUAAGUUUAUGGCUGCAGUUCGCCUUUGGAAGAGACGAGAAGAGGAGAAAAGGAUGCUGCAUGAGAAAGUAGCUCAACUUGAAGAAGCCUGGAAUCAGAAAGAAAUGUUUCGCCUGAUUCGAGAGGAUUACAUCUCACUGCUGGAGAAAAAAAUGAAAGCUGAGCAGAACUUAUUUACAAAUGAAGAGAGCCAAUCUGUCAUAGAUCAACUCAAAGAGGAAAUCAAGAUUUUAAGAAACCAGGUGGAACAUAACCCCAGGAUGACGCGAUUGUCUGCGGAGAACGCCAGUCUGCGGGAGGAGAACCACCAUCUGCGCUCCCUGGACUCGCUGCUUCAGCUGGAGACCGAAACGGCACAAAUGUCUGCUGAGCUGGACACAGAUUUUCAGAGAGCUCUGGAGGCUGAGAAAACCGAAAAUCUCGCAGCCUCAAUGGCAGUCGAUGUGGCAUCUGUCGCAGCAAUCGAGAAACUUCAAAAUCAGCUGAGCCAGAAACAGGCAGAACUUGGAGGUGUAUUUCAGGCGUUUGAAGAGUAUAAGCAAAUCACCAAGAGACAACUAUCUCAGCUGGAGUCUCAGCUGGAGUAUCUGGACAAAUCCAAUAGACACUUGGAGAACAUACUGGAAGCAACUAAUGCUUACAAAAAACAGGAGGUCACUGAACUCAAUAGAAUUUAA